AUGGAAGAUGACUCUAAAACCAAAAUUGAAAAGUUGGAGUUUAAGAAGCCUGUUCUUAUCGGUCGAAUUGGCAAACUCCCUAAAAAAACAAAACUAGAAACGGAAAAACCAUGUGACGAUAAGACCGAGGUCAAUAAAAAUCUUUCAGAACCCAACCCCAAAAGUUCCUUGCCUCCCGCAGUUCUGUUAAAAGAGCAUUAUACACCGAUACCAUAUAAAGAACCUAAGUGGUCAGGAAUUUGUCCCGAUGGUUCAGAGUAUGCACUUGAAGUACUAAAAUCUGGUUUAAUUGUGGAGAAAAUUGAAUUAACUCAAAAGCCUUUUUACGUUUUUGGGAGGUUAGCCAACUGUGACGUUGUAAUGGCACACCCAACUGUAUCUAGGCAUCAUUGCAUUUUGCAAUAUAAAGCUUUUGCUGAUGAAGGUGAACCUCAAUCUGGCUGGUACCUAUAUGACCUUGACAGCACUCACGGCACAUUCCUCAAUCGUGAACGUUUGAAGGAGAAACAUUAUACCAGGGUCAGAGUUGGUCAUCAGAUCAAGUUUGGAAGCAGCACAAGGACUUACAUAAUGCUUGGACCAGACUUUGAUUGUGAGGGUGAGUCAGAGUUGUCAGUGACGGAAAUAAAACAAAGAGCAUUGAAUAUGAAAUUAGAAAGAGUUAAAAUGAUACAAGAGGCAAAGGAUGCAAUAGAAAAAGAAAGACUGGAGGCAGAAAAGAAGAGAGAAGAACAAGGCAUUGAUUGGGGAAUGGGCGAGGAUGCCGAAGAGGAGCCAGAUCUUGCUGAUAAUCCCUAUGCGUCUACUGCCAAUGAAGAGCUGUACCUUACUGACCCAAAGAAGACCCUUAGAGGAUAUUUUGAAAGAGAAGGCCAUGAGUUGAACUAUGACUGUGAAGAAAGAGGUGUAGGACAGUUUAUCUGCAGAGUGGAGCUACCGAUUGACGACGCACGCGGACGGCCUGUAAUGGCGGAAGUCAUUCAUCGAGGAAAGAAAAAGGAGGCGGUGGUUGCUUGCGCCUUAGAGGCAUGCCGGAUCCUAGACAGGGCUGGCUUGUUGAGACAGUCUAAGCACGAGUCGCGUCGCCGCAAACAGCGCGAUUGGAGCGCGGACGACUACUACGACUCGGACGACGACUCGUACCUGGACCGCACCGGCCACGUGGAGAGGCGGCGCAAGAUGCGGAUGGUGAAACACGGCGCUGCCGACGACGGCGAUAGUAGACCCCUCACGUAUGACGCCCUGCUGGCGCGAAUAGACGAGAUCGAGGGCGAAAUCCGCACCGAGGAGGCGUCGCUGGAGCGUUUGCGGGCGUCCGCCGCGCCGCAAAAACGCGACGUUGAAGACGCGGACGCCUUGGAUGCUUACAUGAGCGAAUUGGCCGCCAAGCCCGCCAUGGCGGUCAAGGCUGACAUUUCGAAGGCCAAGAUGAAGAUACAAAAGCUGAAAGCAGAUUUAAGCAAAACCCAAAGGCUUGCUGAGAUAGCGCGGCCAGCACACGCGCCGCCACUAAUAAAGAAGGACGACAAAAAGAUGUCUAUGAAAGUUGGAACAAACUCGGUUGUUUAUGGGAAGAGGUUAAAACUAAAGGAUGACGGUGAAAAACGGCCUAAAGCACGAAAAGACAUUAAAAAAGAAGAGAGUGAAUUUGUAGAAGAGAUGGAUUCUGAUGAUGAAACCGCAGAAGUCACAAAACGCGAAACAUCCGAGGGCCAUGAGACAAAAAUAAAAGACGAUAUAGAUACGGAGGUCAAAAGCGAAUUUACAGACCAUAAAUCGGAAACGGAUGAAAAACAAAAAGAGAAGUCAAUUGAAAAUGUUGAUGAAUCAAUAAAAGAAGAAAAAGGAGAGAACAAUACGAAAUCAAAACGUGUCUUCGGCCCGAUGCGACCGCCUGAGGACUACGUGGUACCGGAAGGGUACUUUGACCAAGAAACCGAUAGAGAUCUUCCCGAAAUCGAAGAGAAAGAA